AUGUUUACCUGCAACUGGGCGGCGCUGUUGUGCACCCUACUCUCCAUCCUUUCUGUCUGUGCAGCAGAUGUACCUCAGACAAGCCACGAUGUUAUCAUCAUUGGUGGUGGCCCUUCUGGCCUUAGUGCAGCGAGUGCCCUCUCGCGCGUCCUGCGGAAGUCGGUCCUCUUUGACUCUGGGGAGUAUCGUAACAACCCUACAAGGCACAUGCACGACGUCAUUGGAAGCGACCAUGUCGUGCCGGCCGAGUUUCGGCAGACUGCACGCGAGCAAAUCGCCUUUUACAAUUCGACAACAUUCAUCGACCAAAAGGUGACUAAGCUCGAAAGGGUCGCGGAUAACAUUUUCCAAGCCACUGUCGGUGACCAGCAAUUUACAGCUCGCAAGGUCAUCCUGGGCAGCGGAGUGAAAGACAAUUUGCCCGAUGUGCCGGGCCUCCAGGACGGCUUCGGAAAAGGUAUCUUCUGGUGUCCGUGGUGUGACGGAUUCGAGCAUCGCAACCAGUCUAUGGGAGUUCUUGGAAAUUUCUCCGAGGCAUACGGUGCGGUCAGAGAACUGCACCCGACCCUGAACAAGGAUAUCAGAAUCUACGCGAACGGAACCAACACGACAGAGCAGAUCGCAAUCCUGGAUAAGAAUCACCCUAACUGGAGAAAGGUGUUCAAGGCGUACAAUGUCACCGUCAAUAACAAGCCCAUUCUUAACAUCACUCGUAUCCAGGAUGGAGGCGUUGUUAACGAUCCCGCAAUUCGUCGCGAGUUCGACAAAUUCCAAAUCUACUUCCUCGAUAACACCUCCGAAGUCCGUGCUGCAUUCCUUACGAACUAUGAUACGUCGCAGAGGUCCGACCUGCCGGCUCAGCUCGGCGUGGAAAUGCUGGGGUCCAAGAUGAAUACCCUGCGCAAGGGCUUGCGAACUAGCGUCCCGGGAGUUUGGGGUGUUGGCGACGCUAACAGCGACAACAGCACUAAUGUUCCCCAUGCCAUGUCUAGCGGGAAAUCAGCGGCUGUCUACUGUCAUGUUGAAUUGGCUCAAGAGGAGCUCGACCGCGACGCCGGGUUGGAGAAGAGAGAAGCCGAGUUUGAUGAGGCUUCAUUCCAUGAGACUACUGAUAAAAAGAUGGGUAGUGAGAUCCAGGACCUGUACAAGAGACUCAGCCGUCGUUAG